AUGUCCUCACAGUCAUUGCUGAUGAAUUUCUACGAAACUAAAAAACAUGGUGCCAUUGUUUGCUUGGAGCUCUGUCCAGGGGUCAAAAGCUCAGCGCUGGAGAUCGAUAUACUUUCAACACCACCACCACCCCCGCGCCGAGCCACAAGAACAACACUUCCAAAGCAGGAGUUUGGCCGGCCUCAUGUGAGUUCAACCUGCAGCGUCUCUGAAUCAGGCCAAGCCGGAGUGGCAAGAGAAGAAGCGAUGAUGUCUGUUGUGUAUAGUUUUACAUGUAUACUAGUGCUAGCAGUGCUAACAGGCCUCUCUGCAGAUGGGUCAGUUCCAUCAAAGCCUGAGAAAGUCUUCAGCAGGCCUCUGAGAAGGGAACAAGAAGUCAAGCAGGAGCAGCAGCUCAACAUAUCUGCUCUAAACACAGUCUUGGCCUUUGAAACCUACCGUGACCUGGCCACAAGAGCCACUACUGGGCCCAGUGUCCAGCAACAGCACAACAUCCUGUUCUCGCCCUUGGGCCUAGCGUCAGCUCUAGCCCUGCUGUCCCAAAUCUCUGGAUCGGAGAGUCGGAGCCAGGCCCUGGAGGCCCUGGGGCUAGCAGCCAACUCUACAGAGCAGAGCGUGGAGGCCACCAUAUCUGCUCUCGCAGAUCUGCAACAUAACCUCAUGCUGCAGGAGGGAGGGGGUGGAGUUGGGGUUCAAAGGGCAGAGUCUGGGGCUGGAUCCAAGACAAAAUCUGGGAUUGGGGCCACAGCAGGGGGGGCUGCUGGAAACAACACUGGUGUAGGUGAUGGGGAAAAGGGUAGGAAUGGAACCAGUUUCAGUUCUGGAGGUAAGGUUGGGGUCCAUGGUGGGAGCCAGUUAAGGGUGUGGAGCAGCCUACAUGUUGAUGGACGACCCUCACUAGACUAUGAUAGUUUUCUGUCCAGGCCUCAGCACACCAGACCCUCCAUCUUCAACAUCAGCUUUGAGGCGUUGAUGAAAGACUUGAAAGGCUCCAACAAACUUAAACUCAACAAUUAUGUAUAUUUCAAAGGUCGUCAGCCAUUUGAGCGGCGCCACACAGUGCCACGGAGAUUCCAGCUGAAUGCUACGACCAGCGUGGAGGUUGAAAUGAUGUUCAGGGACGACUCGUCUGAAGUGAUGAUGCUGUACGACACCAACUGCUCAGUCACAGUGGUGCAGCUGGCCCGUUCAGAACGCCUGGCCUCACUGCUGCUUCUUCCUAAAGCCGAGCUGCAGCCCCUGGAAGACUGCCUCUCUGAUAGCCGCAUGAACUUUUGGCUCAGCAACCUGAAGGCAGGGCGGGCAGAAAUCCGUUUCCCUAAAUUCCAACUAAGGAAAUCCUACAGUUUAGACAGCCUCCUGAGGAACUCUGGGGUAUCAUCCAUUUUCUCAGACUCAGCCGACUUCUCAAGGAUAUCACAGAAGAUGCUGAAACUCGUCAAGGCUCCUCAUGAGGUUCUGCUGGAGGUGGAGGAGACCAAGUCAGGGGAGGGGGGGAGCACUGACAUCACCCUGGACUUCUCUGUCCCCCCGAGAAUCACCUUUGACAGACCGUUCAUGCUCAUAAUCUAUGACGAUCUCACAGGCCUUGUUCUGCUCAUGGGAAGAAUUCUUGAUCCAACAGAUGUUUAGACUAGAGUGAACAUCACAAUCUCCUUUUUGUCCUUUUUUUUUUCUUCUGCUAUUGAUAAAUUCAUUUGCAUUACAUAAAAUCUUUGGUUUGUACUUUUUACAAUAGUAUGGCCUAUCGUUUUGAAAAUUUCCCUGAAGUUGCAGAGUGCAGUGUGUUUUACUUUCAAUUCUCCAGCCAUUACAGGAUGAUUUUGUAAUUAUUUCUCCAUUUUCACAAAAUGAUGAAAAUGAACAACAUUUAAAUGGUAGUAAUUUAUCCCUGUGACUGAA